AUGUCGACGGCUGUUGCAUCCGCGACUGCGGCGCCGUUAUCCUCGCCGCAUACCACCCGCGAUCCCAGCCCCAAGAAUUGCCCGACACUGGCCCCUCCUCCCCCUCCAGUGAAUUCUUCUCCGCCGCGGGUGGCAGCUUCUCAAGAUGCACCGCCCCAAGGAACCCCCGAGAACACACGCCCAUCAUCGCCAUCACAAGGUAGCGCAGGUCCGAAAAUCACCGUGAAGAAGGAACCGGGCUCGCCGCCGCGCAUGAGUCGCCCUCGUCCCCGCAAACUAGACCUCUCCACCAGUCUUCCUUCUUCAAGCGGCCUCUCCGUCCGACCACCAGGAGGCCCCAUGACCGCUCGCGAUGGUGUCAGUAUGCAACAUGUGGGCUUGGCUUGCUUGUCGCCAGGCUUUCAAACCCACGAUCCAGUGAUGAGAGAGCAACUCCAGCGUAGCCUCUCCGUUCGUGAUCAGCAGCGCUCGAUAAUCGAGUCUCGAUUGCAGAAGUCAGCCAAGGACGAUGGACCCGACGGUAUCAGGCCUUCUAUAGCAGGAUUUAUGGGAAUGCCGCCAAAGAGCAGCUCCAAGCGACGACCCCCACCAGGCCUUUCGAUUGUUGCGCCUUCAGCAUCACAAUUCGCAAAUGAACGUGUAAUUCAGUCCGCCCCAUUGCACCAGAGUUUUACUGGUCGACACCAACCCCAACCUUUGACCCGCCAUGUCGUCAACCAGAGCCCGACUCUAGGUUCCACGUCUCACUUGCACCAGCUGCCGGCCACCCAGACCAACAACCGCCUUCCUCCUCUUUCUGAUGUAUUUGGGUCCGAUGCGCUCGGUCCUCGGGAUAGAGAGCCUGGCCACCAGAGCUUCUACGUGAAUGCAUCGAGCACCAACUCUUCACAGUCUAACUUGGCCCCUCUGCCUUCUCCAGGACUACCAGGCAACAUGUCCGGAACACCAGGUCGCCCACGUGAAUAUCGAUCUGCGGAAGAAGCAGUCCAAGAACUGUCUGGUGGUCGGGAAGAGCUACUGCCCCGGAUUGUGCACUAUGGAGGACACCAACCACCUACCCCGCCAUCUCCACACACCAUGCACACAGUCCCGAAGACUGCACCUCUGGUCAGCGAAGGGAGUUUCCCUGGUAUCUCUUUAGCCCCUGUGAUGCAGGCUGCCGAUACUACUGCGCGUCGCCGCCCUCGCAGCGAAUACGAAAAUGACAAUGGAAGCCCUCCAUUAGGACAUGGUCCAGAUCCUCACUAUCGGCCAAAUCCCGCUACUAUGCCUGGUCCCAAUUCCACAUUCCACGGACCCUUUGGUGCAGGCAGAGAUUCUCCCGAGACUCAACGCAAGAAGAAGGAUGAGUUCCUUGGUCUCUGUGCUCGGGCAUGGGAUCUUUUCCACUCCUAA